AUGGCCGACGCACUGGGCUCGAAGAAGUUUGUCGACGGGGUUUACAUCCCCGUCGUCCUGAUGAUCGUGGGCACCCUCAUCGUCAAGCGCGAAUGGACCCCCUAUACCGUUCUCGUGGCGCUUGCUCUGGGCAGCUGGAAGUUCUUCAGCCUGAAGAUCAAGAAGGUUCUCAAGCCCGACGUCUACCAAGAGUUUGAGCUCAAGGAGAAGACCAUCAUUUCCCACAAUGUCGCCAUCUACCGCUUCUCGCUCCCCUCGCCCACCUCGAUCCUCGGCCUCCCCAUCGGCCAGCACAUCUCGAUCGGCGAGGUCCUCGCGCAGCCCGACGGCACCCACAAGGAGAUUGUUCGCUCCUACACUCCCAUCUCGGGCGACCACCAGCCCGGCUACUUCGACCUUCUCAUCAAGUCGUACCCCACGGGCAACAUCUCCAAGCACAUGGCCUCCCUCAAAGUCGGCCAGCCCAUCCGCGUCAAGGGCCCCAAGGGCGCCUUUGUCUACACCCCCAACAUGGUGCGCCACUUCGGCAUGAUUGCCGGCGGCACGGGCAUCACGCCCAUGCUCCAGGUCGUCCGCGCCAUCAUCCGCGGCCGCGCUGCCGGUGACACGACCCAGGUCGACCUCAUCUUCGCCAACGUCACCCAGCAGGACAUUCUUCUCAAGGAGGACCUCGACGCCCUUGCCAAGGAGGACAGCGGCUUCCGCGUCCACUACGUGCUCGACAAGGCCCCCGAGGGCUGGACCGGCGGUGUUGGCUACGUUACGGCCGACAUGAUCACCAAAUGGCUGCCCGAGGCGGCUCCCGACGUCAAGCUUCUGCUGUGUGGUCCUCCCCCGAUGAUCAGCGGCCUCAAGAAGACGGCCGUCACACUCGGCUUCGAAAAGGCCCGCCCCGUCAGCAAGCUGGCCGACCAGGUCUUCGCCUUCUAA